CCCCACUACAACGACAUUUGGGCAGCACAUUUUCCGGGUGCUCGAUUUCCUAUUAUAUUGCUUUGGGAACAAGAUACGCCAGCAGAGGAUUUAGGGCCAUGAAGACAAGGAGAUCGUACUUCGAUUUCAUGAAGCCUUACAGGUGUCGCCUCUGUUGGAGUAGUUGAUGUGAUAGAGGUCCCUGUAUUUCUACAAUACAUCGGCCAACCAAUGCAUUGACAGAAAGUCAUACACACAUCAUCCAUACGUCAAACGCCCAUCACUCACACCAUCUCCAUCCUCAUCAUCAUCUUUAUCAACUUCAUCAAAAUCUUCAGUCCAUUCAUUUCCAUCAUCCAAAAUGACGCUCUGCAUACCACCAAGAGAUUUCAUCCAAAUCGGCGUGGAUGUGUUUCCUACCACCGCACCACCUAAGCCACAAAAAAUGCACAUACCCCUAAAGUUGCUGAUGAUAAUGCGCAAGUACAAAUUUCCUUGGAGAAUCAACCAGUUAGCAAAACCUAUGCGCAAAGUAAGAAAGUUCGUACCGAUGCCAGUAACCCUCUUGAAAGCUGAAAGACCUAAAGGUCCAAAAAUCAGUGCAGAGUCAGCUUAUUAUGCGGAUCAAAUGUCUAGACCUCCAUUAAGAUUAACUGUAUGCAAUAAAAGGUUAUACGGAAGACAAAAUGGUAGAAAAUAUAGAAAAUUCAUUAAUAGGAACAUUAGGAGGGCUUGGGACUCUAUUUAUAACUACUACAAGAAGAAGGAAAGGGACAGAAGGUUAAGGCAACUGAAAAGGGAUUCCUUAAAAGCUAAGCCGAAGAAACAGCCAGAUUUAGCGAGAUAUGAUGAGCUUGCAACACCAAAGCCUGUAUUCAAACCACCUCCAGUCAAGAACCCACACAAGGGAAAGUUCACAAACUUCCAAAGACUGGACGUCAUAGCUACUCCGAAGACAUACUAUGACACGAGUGGAAGAGAGUUAGGGAAAGUAGAAGCCAGUGCCCUGAGGUAUGAACCAACGGAGAUAGUAUACAGACUUGCCAAGAUUCCAGAUAGAUUCAAAAAUAUUCCCAAACCUAUUGAUCCUGGCAAGGUGAAGAGAAGUGCCCUCAGAUACAAAGUAUUUGAGUUCUUGGGACUGCGCAUUCCUUCAACAGGUCCGAAUGCCCGCUUUCAGGUUCCUGCAGAUAGCUUCUAUGGUGUUUGGCGAUUCCGGACUCUCUCUCUCGUGUCAGCUGCAUGUCCUAUACCUCCAGCAGGCUGCGACACCGUAGCCGUAUCGGUAUCUCUCGACGGGCACUCUGGUUCUGUUCCUGCUAAUGUCUUCUGUUAAUUACCUGGCAACACCAAGAACGGAAACUCUGGCACAACCCAAGCAAAGAAGAGAGAAAGUGGAAGAGGACGACUUUGAUCCCUUCCAGAUAUCAAAGAAUGCGCUUAAGUACAAACCCACACCGAGGAUUUUGGAACUGGCCAAGCCGAAAGAAUACGACUAAGUAAAAUAAAAAUGGGAUACUUGGGACUAAGACGCGAUAGUAAGCAUCUCAGAGAUGGAGCAGGCAGAUGUAUGUAUAAAGUGGAUGGGCUUGUAAAUGACGUCAUAUAUUAUAUACUAAGAAAAUUAAUUAGAAAGUUGGGCACAACCUUCGUGCUACUUGCGAUUCAAUCCAAGCAGCUGAUCAGACUUUUUCUAGAUAGAUAUUAUACCAUAAAACGCAGAUACUGAUGGUUGUCGCGAGGAUCUUUGGCUUCAAACCGUGGCCUAUCUCAGAAAUUAAUACCUGCUUGAUAUAUUUUGACUGGCUGGAUCAUGUAGCUGAUGUCUCCACCAGUGAUUGAAAUACAUCUUAUCUUCAAAAACUAAGAACAUGGUAUGUUAAUUUGCGAGAUAAGCUUGCUAGUAAGUGAGACACGGCUGUACGGAUCUGCAAAUUUUGCAACUCAUAGACGCGACGUGGCGAUGUGGUACAUCUAAGCUACGAUAGAGCUUCCUAGAGAUUCAGUUCGUGAGUUACAGUCUCCGUUACGCUUACAGGAGGUACAAUGUGAUUAUUAUAGAUCACAGUGAGUCUCAGCCAGGGAAGGGGAUAUGGCCUUCUUAUCGUGUCGAAAGUUAGACAGAACGAGCGCGCUCCUGAUCUUUCCAAGUAGCGUUGAACAAUAUUAUUGAAGAUGUUUUCCUGAAGAUCAAUAAACUACCUUUCACUACUGGACUCUCAAUAUGAGCUCCAAAAUUUCUGCACCUAAGAGCCUUGGGUAAUGUCAUUGUAAAAAGAUUGGAUCGCAAUAGCCAGGUUAGCCACUUGAAGAGAAUUUUGUCUAUACCCUAACUGCAUUUCCAUCUCAACUUCUUACGUUUUUUUCUGUGCAUCUGUCCUCACUUGCCAGUCAAAUGUUAAUUACGUUCAAACAGUUAUUUGGACCUCGUUAACCAAUCAAUCUUUUUAACAUGAACGUAUAAGGUUGGCCUCUCAAUCUGUGGCCCUAGUUUGGUAAGUCUCUAAUGUCACAUGCAAUAUAAUGAGGAAAGGGCGGUGCAUAGUUUGGGGGUUCAAGAGUCGUGCCCACCUUAAAGAUAAGAUAUGGCGUCGUGGUCUCUGGUAUCCUUGACAACAGCAUAGCAUAAGAGAAAAAAUGUAAUAAAAAAGCACCAUUAAGAUAAUAAACUCAUCGAAACAUCUCAUCAUCAAA